GAAACAGUGUACACGUAUGGCGGCAUUCUAACUGCGACAAAUGGCAGACGUAUUGUUUUCACGAUCAAGCGUGGUUUCGCGGCUGUUUCUGUGUAUGUGGCCGUUGGUAUUCAUAUCAAAUACCAGAAGCGCUCUCGUUUUUCAGCCGUCCUAUCGCCUUGCAACUGGACCCACGGUCACGACGUACUUGCUUGGAAACGCGACAGACAUAUCUCUGAAAUUAAGGACAGUAUCCCCAUCCAACACUACUGGACGUCUUCCUCCGCCCUCCUGUGUGGAGGAGUCAAAGCAAUGGAUUCUCUCAAAGGAACUAGUGGGAAAGACUAUAACUCGAGUCCAGCUGAGACUUAACCGCAGUCUGUAUUUGUGUGGUGAUCAAGAGAAUGAAACAGAUUGCUGCCCAAAGCCCUUGUGUGUUCUGGAGGCUCUCCAGAUGUCUGCCUGUCUGGGAGACACACCUCAAGCAUCUAUGCUUAUUCAGGCUGAGAUAUAUGCCUUGUUUCCUCCGACUAACUUUGUAUCAGAUAAUAAAACAGUUAUUCCCAAUCAAGUGUACCACCCACUUGGUCCCUGUCCCUGUGAUCUCACUGUCAAAAUGUGUGACAUACGCUGCUGCUGUGACAAGGACUGCUCUUCUGAGGAUCUGAAGCUUUUUGAGUUCCAUUGCCUCCCAGGGCCCUUUGGUGGGCACAUCUCUCCUACACCGGACUACCAUUGCUCUGUACAAUCAGCUGAAAAUGCCCCUGAUUGGUUUCCAUUUCUCUGUGUCAGCUCUCCACCAGAGAAUAACCCAUACCUUGGACAAUUUUACCAGGGAAAAACCAUUACACCAAAGCCUUGCCCAUCCUUCCAAAGAACGAUAUUGUCAGCACCAAUACCGACAAAUGAUUAUCGCCAAGGAAGUCCCAUCUUUACCUCAAAUGAUCAAUACUUCACCAUUCCUCAGAAUUCUCUUGCUGGACAGUGUUUAUACAAUGCACCAGUGGCAUUCUUGAAAAACUUCAAGAGCAAGUGUUUAACCUCUUUGCACUCCUGCCCAAAUGGACCUCCAUUACAGACAACACUAAGUGAUUUGAGGGUUCAAGUGAGGGAUGGCCAAGGGGGUGUGGUUACAGUGGAUGUGCUAGAAGAAGAGCCUGUUGAUUUAAGUCAAUUUGUCACAAACACAGCACAUUUCACCCCUCCCGAUGAGGGGCAGCUGUGUGUGAACGUGACCUUGGCCUUGACUUACAAAUUCUUCUGGCAAGGAAAUGGCCUCACCAAUAUUACACUAACACGCACUGUUGGGAGUUUCAUGCUAAAUGGUAGUGUUGCAUUAACUACAAGAUAUUCUUCUUUGUUUUUGAAUGGAGAAUUCCAGGGUGAACUGAAGUCAGGAAAACCAGGGUAUCAGCUGGAAAGGCCUGUUAUUGCUGGGUUUGUGGACACUAUGGAGAUUAAUACAAAACUAAUAAAGAGGACAUCGAUCAAUCUUUGGAAACCAGUAAGUGAUGGACUUUGUUACACUGCUGAGAUGAGGCCAGUCCUGUUUGGAGAGAACUCAACUGCAGGAUGUCUGCUACCUGUCAGCCUACAGAAUCUUACCCAAUGUAACGCCCUGAGAGAGACUGUUGCUUUGCUACAGGCUACCUUGAUAAGAGCAACACUAGUAGCUAAGACUGGAGACCCAGAUGAUCUAACUAUGACAGACUGGGUAAACAUAACCUUUGUGACACUGAACUCAAGCAGUCAAGUAGAUGAUACAACCAGUUCAUGCUCUGGUAUUCCAUCACACCAGCACAUCCACGUUAGGACUAUCAUCACAGACAUGAUUGAAGGAAUACCUCAAUGGGAGAUUCACUCUCUGCAAGUCAGUUACAGUCUGUCCACUUGGAGAUUGGAGUGUGGAGGAGGAGACACCUCUCUUUGUAUGAAUGUAUUGGAUACUCAGUCAUUCCCUGUUACAUCAUCAGUCACCUUCACUGAAAAACUUAUUAACACAGGACCACCCAAAACCAGGUUUCAAAUCAACUUCACAGAGUAUGACUGUAACAGGAAUGAUGUGUGUUGGCCAGAGCUUGCCUUUCCUAUCACAAGAUAUUACACAGGUGAGCCACAUUCCCAGUCAUUGGCUAAGGGUCUCAUCUUGGUGUUCUUCUUCGUUGUUGCCUCUGUUCUUGGGACUCUAUGGAGACAAAUUCGACAGGCAUGGAGCAGCGCAUCUCUAUAAAACCUAGAGUAAUUCAAAAAGCUGACAAAAAUAAACAGAUGGACAAGUGGCCUUAUAGGGAGUGUAUCUUCUGUUGUAUCUUCUAUCUUGACCAUUGAUCUUGGUAAAGGCGAGCAAAGCCGUGGUAAAGAAACAAAACAUAUUUGAAUGUAAUGAUUAAAUGUCCCUGAGAUGUCCUAACAUUUUUCCUACUGGGUUCUAGGUUAUUUAGAAUCAGAAUCGUGUUUAUUUAAAGAAUAUUUAAAAAUUGGUUUAUAAGAAUAUAAAUUGUGUUGGUGGACCACUGUGAAAAAAUAAAUAAAUAAACCAUUGCG